GCGGCGGCCACUUUUCCCGCCUCCUCCUGGGCCCACGCAGCGGAGCCCGGUGACAGUUGAGGAUGGCCGGAGCCGAGAGCCCCGCCGGGUGCCAGGCGGAGCUGGAGCCCGUGGUGUCGCUGGUGGACGUGCUCGAGGAAGACGAGGAGUUGGAGAAUGAGGCGUGCGCCGUCCUGGGCGGCAGCGACUCGGAGAAGUGCUCCUACUCGCAGGGCUCAGUGAAGAGACAAGCACUGUACGCCUGUAGCACCUGCACGCCAGAGGGAGAAGAACCGGCAGGAAUUUGUCUAGCUUGCAGUUAUGAAUGUCAUGGAAGCCAUAAACUGUUUGAACUAUACACAAAAAGAAAUUUUCGUUGUGAUUGUGGAAACAGCAAGUUUAAAAAUUUGGAAUGCAAAUUAUUUCCUGACAAAGCAAAGGUAAACUCUUGCAAUAAGUACAACGACAACUUUUUUGGAUUAUACUGCAUCUGUAAGAGACCUUAUCCUGAUCCUGAAGAUGAGGUUCCAGAUGAGAUGAUACAGUGUGUGGUCUGUGAAGACUGGUUCCAUGGCAGGCAUCUUGGUGCCAUUCCCCCUGAGAGUGGGGAUUUCCAGGAGAUGGUGUGUCAGGCUUGUAUGAGGCGCUGUUCGUUCUUGUGGGCUUAUGCUGCCCAGUUGGCAGUCACCAGGAUAUCUGCUGAAGAUGAUGGGCUGCUGCCGAAUGCUACUGGGAUGGGAGAUGAAGAUGUUAGCAAGCCUGAAAAUGGAGCUCCCCAAGAUAAUGGCCUGAAAGAGGAUGUUCCGGACCAUGGCAGGGAUUCUGUCAACGAGGUGAAAGCUGAGCAGAAGAACGAGCCCUGCACCAGCUCUAGUUCUGAGUCUGACCUCCAGACAGUGUUUAAGAAAGAAAAUAUCAAAACUGAGCCACAGUCCAGCUGCAGACUUCAGGAACUCCAAGCCAAGCAGUUUGUAAAGAAAGAUGUUGCCACCUAUUGGCCCUUGAACUGGCGCAGCAAACUAUGCACCUGUCAAGACUGUAUGAAAAUGUAUGGAGAACUAGACGUCCUGUUCCUGACAGAUGAAUGUGAUACAGUUCUGGCUUAUGAGAACAAAGGCAAGAGCGACCAGGCAACUGAUAGAAGGGACCCUUUAAUGGACACCCUCAGCAGCAUGAAUAGAGUCCAGCAAGUGGAGCUCAUCUGUGAAUACAAUGACUUGAAGACUGAACUUAAGGAUUACCUGAAGAGAUUUGCUGAUGAAGGCACGGUUGUUAAGAGAGAAGACAUUCAGCAGUUCUUCGAAGAGUUUCAAUCAAAAAAGAGAAGGCGAGUGGACGGGUUACAGUAUUACUGCAGCUAAAGUGGAGUGCCACACUUCCUCAGUCAGGUUCACGAAAAUGCCACUGUUCCGGAAUAAAGAGACCUGUGUCACACUUGGUCCCCUUUCCAUCCUCCCUUGGCCUCAGGCCCUUCUCCUUAAGUAGCAGCAGUGUUUCUACUGGUCUCUCAGCAAGCACCCUCUGUGACUCAGCUCAUUCCACAGACUUCCGCUCUUCUGCCCAGGAAACCCAAGACUUCUUUCUGUUCAUGUUUUAAGAAGUUUGAUUUGAUCUCGUGAAAGCAAAUGAGCUUCUUUUCUAGCAGUUUGUUCCAUGACUUCCAAAUGGAUGCUCACAGAGCUAUUGCCCUCUGGGUCUUCUGGGUCUUGCAGGUUCUCUUCCUGUUAGCCCGGACCUCUGGGGAGCAGUCCCCUCUGCCCCAUGAUCACGGUGCCUUGGGUCAAAGCUUCCUCAAGCCUGCUCUGCCAGUCCUCUCAGUGCUUCCUGAGAUUGAUCAUGGCUUGAAGAGAUUGGGAACUUUUCUCUGUACCAGCCUUCACAGUAGCCGGGACUGAUGUUGAUGUCUGUUGGAGGUUGGCUUAUGGCAGGACUGAGGAAGCAAGCCUUUGUUCUGAAUUUCGCUGAUUAGUUUGAAGUGAAAUUUCAUUACUAUUCUAAUGGCCCUCAAACAUCAGCAUUAGUACUGUACUGCUCGCAGGGCUUCCAGGGAAUCCACUCAUGUGAGCCCCUUUGCUGCUGCCUAAAAAUGACCAGAUCCUACCCCUUAACAUGUGGGUGCUUUACAGAGUCCUCUGGUUUCUUACAUUAUCAGGGAUAUGCAGAAGCAUAUAUUAAAAAUGGACCUAUUUUAAUACUGUUCUGUUAGGAAAAUGUUAUUGGAACCUGAAUAAGUUAUUUUUUCCCUUGAAUCUGCUGAAGACAAGGAUACUGACUGACCAUAGUGGUAGUAAGUGGGGUAAUGACAGCCCUAGAAGAUGGAGGAUUCCAGCCAAAGCCCUCAGCUAUAUACAUAUUGAGUCUUUGUAAAAGUGCACACAGUCACUCCCUCCUGACGGCUUGGAGGGUCUUCAUGGAUUGUUGUAUAAAGUCCUGUGUUUGAGAGAAGUCUUUCAGAUGGUGUGAAGUCUUUUUAAGCUCCCUCAGUCUAUGUGGAAAACAUCUUUUGAUCCACAAAGACCUAAGUUGCACCCUCCAGAGGAACAAGGUCUUCCCUAGUACACUGUGAGGUACAUUAAAGACAUUUUAGGCCACAUGUUGGUGGGGAUUUUUGUGUGUAGGCAGCAGUUGUAUGCAUGAAUACUCGAGUUCCUGGACACGAUGAAGUAGCCUACAAAUAAGGCCUCAGGAAAUGGCAUGGCUUCGGUACUGUAUACAGCUUGCAGCCUUCUAGUGACAGAUCCUGGGAAGACUGCUAUGUGGAGCUACAAGGUUCUUCCUGCUGCAGGCGAAGCCUGUGUGCACUGAGCUGGCCUGGAUAGGGCUCAGGCAGACCCCUGGUGCCCACAGCCUCGGGGUCUCCUGAGCUGAGGAUUUGAAUUUGAGAGUUGCACUUUCUAUGUACAUCCUCAAAACUUCUCUUCCCAGACGUCAGAUUUAACCACCACAGUUCCUGUCUGCCCCUGAUAGGUCAGAACCAAGGCUUAGCAGCAGUGUCAGUGAGCAGCAAAAAUACAGCCAGCCUAUGUUGAAGGACUUGCAUAAGAACGGUUCCCUACUUAACCAGAAAACCUCUUUUUGUACCUGUUCACAACUAGUUUUCUUACUGACUAUUCUCGUAGAGAUGGUUUGGGCCAACAUGUGGUAGUUGAUAUUAAUGCAUGUUUUAUGCAGAAGAAAAUGUGAUACUGGUUGCUUUUAAGGAAUUCUGGCAUUGUAUGUACAUUUUUGUAGAAAUUAUUACUCAAUAUACUUCAAUCAGGUUUCUGUAAAAUCCAAAUUAAACCUAUUCAAAA